AGGAUAAAUCAUGAUGAGAGGAAGAAGGGCCGGCCAUGGCGAUGCCGGAGGGGAUGGAGAAGAUCAAGGCGAUCGGGGUGAUCGGCGGAGGCCAGAUGGGGUCGGGUAUCGCCCAGCUUGCCGCCGUCGCGGGCUACGACGUCUGGCUCCACGACUCCGACCCCGGGGCACUCGGCCGAGCGGCCCAGGUCAUCUCCACUUCCAUUCGCCGCCUUGUCUCCAAGGGCCAGCUCUCCCAGCUUGUAGGUGCGGAUUCUAUAAAACGCCUGAAAUGUACCCCAAAUUUAGAAGAGCUUGCAGGUGCAGAUGUUAUAAUUGAAGCAAUCGUGGAGUCUGAAGACAUAAAGAAGAAAUUAUUUUCUCAACUUGACAAACUUGCAAAAGCUUCUGCAAUUUUGGCUUCUAAUACUAGCUCGAUCUCCAUUACUCGUCUUGCUUCUGCGACUAGUCGGCCAACACAGGUGAUAGGCAUGCAUUUUAUGAACCCCCCUCCUAUAAUGAAAUUGAUCGAGAUUGUGAGAGGAGCAGACACAUCGGAUGAGGUCUUUGCAAAAAUAAAAGCCUUGGCAGAAAGGUUUGGAAAGACUGUUAUAUGCUCCCAAGAUUAUCCUGGCUUCAUUGUCAACCGGAUCCUGAUGCCUAUGAUCAAUGAAGCAUUCUUUGCAUUAUACACAGGUGUGGCAACAAAAGAAGACAUCGAUACGGGGAUGAAACUGGGCACUAACCACCCAAUGGGUCCUUUGGAGCUUGCAGACUUCAUUGGCUUGGAUGUAUGUCUUUCAAUACUGAAGGUGCUUCAUGAAGGACUCGGAGACAGCAAGUACAGUCCUUGCCCACUCCUUGUUCAGUAUGUUGAUGCUGGUCGCUUGGGAAGGAAGCGAGGGAUUGGUGUGUAUACUUACCAGAAAAAGCUUGCAGCAAAACGAUCAUCCUCACUUUGAAAUUCUCGUGGAGGAUUAAAGUUAGAAAAAUAAAGGAACCUCGGGGGCAUGUCGGAGCCUGAACUGUGCUUGGGAAAGUUGCAGCUAGAGAUAUGUAAAUUUGGCUGAUAAUUCUGCUGAUAUGUUCCCACAAUAAUACUGGACCUUGGUGGGUUUUGUAUGUAUUACUCACAAAUCCGAUCAUCUGUCUGACUGAAAAUAAUAAUGGGGAACAUGUUGCUGUUUGCAUCUAUCUGGAAGGCAUUAAUGAAUACUCAAGUUAUCGGAAGAGAAAA